AGACCGGGGUCCCGGGAUGCGGCCGCUGAAGCGGGGGUUCUCGACUGUUCCGCGCGCUCUCAGCAAAGUAGCCGGGCAACCACAUUUCUUUUAAUUUGCUUCUCCAGCUAGGGAGACACAAUAGAAAUGGCCUUAUGUCAUGGGGGUAGGGAGGUGGGGUGGGUAGGGACCGUGCCCUGUCGGUAUUGUGGGGAAGAGGAAGAUGCUUUUCUUUGGGCUGAAUGACUGGAAUUGAGUGUUUCCGUAGUCGGCAGAGCCCCAGCGGAAACGAUCAGAGAGAGCGAUAUUAUUCAUAAAUUUAGGCGAGAAAAGGGUCACAUUCACUCAAAUCUCAUGUUUUUUUUUGCCUGAAUCGAUUGGUUGCAGCUAUUAACGCUACGACUGGGGGGUUUGAGGUGAGGCGGCAGCCCCUCCUCCAGUUCCGACAUGGCUGAUUUUAGUAGAAAGGGGGUGGGGGGUGGGGAUGGAUGUCACUGGGGCGAGUUCUAGGCCUGUCAUUAAUCACCCACAAGAACGCCACUUUGGCUGAGUCAAGACCUGUUUCCCUAGCAGGGUCAACAACAAAGAAAAUGCUCUUCCCGGGUACAGUAACAUGACCACACAAUGUGUCUAAACCAGAACUAAACCCAUUGCCGUCGAGUCGAUUCCGACUCAUAUCGACCCUAUAGGACAGAAUAGAACUGCUCUAUAGGGUUUCCAAGGCUGUAAAUUUUUACGGAAGUGGACUGCCACAUCUUUUCUCCCGCAGAGCGCCUGGUGAGUUGGAACCACUGACCUUUCGGUUAACAACCGAGCGCUUAACCACUGCGCUACUAGGUCUCCUUACUAUAUGUCUAGACCCCGAGAAAUCCUGAACUUUUAAAGAAAAGCAAAUUGUAUUGAAAACUUGGGCUGAGGAUUUGGUUUUAGUUGGAAAUGCUUUAUUUCUGCCCAAGGAAUAUUUUGGAGAAAACAGCCUAGGCAUUAAGAAUAAUAGAUUAACCCCAGAUUUCAUGGUACUUCAGACUAUUUUUGCUUUUCAUCUUGAAACAUUUCCUGAAAGUGACUAUGGGGAAGUGCCUUUUGGCUGCUUCGUACAGCGUGUGUAUGCCAGUUUUUUCUGUACUUUGAAAGCCUUGUGUGCCCCUGGCACAGUCCUAGGAUAGGCUUUUGUGGACUUGAAGUGUAAGUCUGUUUCCUUUGUGUGUAGCAUGCAAAGGUUUCGUGUAUGAGCCUUUGGUAAUAAUAUGACCCAUAGACAAAGCCUUUUCAUAGCUUGAUGUAAAUGUCUCAUUAUCCUUAGUUUAAAACAAAAAAAAAACAAAAUCUGUGGGCAGUAUAUAGCUUUGUUUUUGGUAACUUCAAUUUGAAAUUGACUGAAAUUUUUUAAAAUUUUAUUUUAUUUAUGUCAGGUUUUUAAAUUCCCCUUUCCAGUUGGUGGUGGGGGGCGGAGGGUGACUCAGAUACCCAGACUUCCAUUUUUGCUAUUAAAUAUUUGAUCUAACUUAAGAACAUGCUAUUUAGAGUGGUAGUGAGCCUCGAAAGGAAUUCUCAGGUAAUUUUAGUUAAUGACCAUAUCUGAACCGUCUUCUGUAUAAAAGCAUUCACUGAUUUAUUGUUAGACUUUACUUAAAAACAUAAAGGAAACAAUGGUAAGGAUGAGCUGAUGUUUAAUAUUGCAGUUAGAGUUUGUCUUUUUUAGUGAAAUGGUGUCAGUUGAAAUGGUAUCAUGGAAUCUGUACUUAACUAAUAAGGCCAUUUGAAAAUAGCUGUAGCUAACCAGCAAUAAAUUUCCUUCAAGGGGGUGAAUUAAUACAGUGUUAGUUUUGGGAGCUGUAGCUAACCAGCAGUAAAUUUCCUUCAAGGGGGAAUUAAUACAGUGUUAGGUUUGGGAGCUAAAGUAUAUUUCAGUGCUGAAGUAGCCUUGAGCAUAUGGUAAACCAGCCAGAAACUGUACCAUUUUCCCCACUUUAAAGGUAACUUAUUCUAAAAGAAUUGUGAUCCUUUGAAAACUUAUGAUUUCAUUGAUGUAUUUGUAGCAUUGGUUAAUGCAGUUGGCUGUGAAUUAUCUCACAUUUCAGUUGAUUAAGUGGACUGUAACAGUAAAACAGUUGGAAUUGUUUAAAGCCAGCUAAUUCAAAUUCACUUUCGUUUUCAAAAUAUUAUUAUGUCUUACGUUCUUCAGGGUACUUUUGGACAUCUACGUUGAAAGGUUGAUCAUAUUUUGAAAUCUAAAGUCACGUGCUAAUUGAGUUUUACUGAGUCUGCUAAAAGUUAUUGGGCUAUUUUAGCAAAUUUGAAUAUUUUUAACAUAAAAAGUUGACAAGGGAAAGCAGUUAAAAUUACUAUUUUUUUUUUUUAAACUGUGAUUUUGAAUGACAUUCUUCAUGUUAUUUAAUUUGGCUUUGUAUUCACAUGGCCAGUUUUGGGUAUGCUCCUGUCCGGUUUUUUGUAAUGAUGUUGUCAUAAUGGGAGCUGCAGUGUUGUGCAGGUAUUAAGGAGUUUCCCAGUUGUUAUGUCACCAAACUUUGAAAUAAUUUUCCCAUCUACCUAAUAUUUAGAUUCCUGUUUUUACAGUGAUGAUUCUUAAACUUUACAGGACUGAAUAUCAUAUAUCCUUAUUUGAAAUAAGUAGCAAGAAUUGCAAGUAGACAGUCCCUCACCAAAUUGAGAUUGACUGGGGGCUGUGCCAGAGCUCUUCUGUGAGUUCAAGUAUAAUUUUAAUAAAUUAGAACUAGAGUACUGAGGUGAAUUUUUUUUCAGAGUGUAUUUAUAAUUUUUCUUCCAUGCUUGUUCUCCUCUGGAUGCUUGUAUAGUGUUUUCUGAUGGUGUAGUUGAAUUCAUGUUGGAGCUUUACUAGUAAUUUCAAGUUUUUUUGGUCAGAUAUUCUUUAAUAAGCAACCUUGGACAUCUUCUAAACCCUAGCUAUUAGUAUUUGAGUCAUCCCAAAAGGUGAUUACAAAGUUUGUCCUGAUUACUAUUCUUACUUAAAUCAACAUUUUUCAAACUGUUGCAACUCAAUAUCAGGAAAAAGGAGAAGGCUGGCUGAGCUGUUAAGCAUUCUUAACUGCAAGACUUGGAUCCUUUAUAAUGCUAAUUAGCAUUGUGACUAUUUUAGGGGGCUCGAAUAUGCAGCAUAUCCGCAAACUGACUUGUUGUAACACCUGUUAGACUUUCUUUGCGAUACUUGAGGUGCUGUUUCAGAAAUACUGUCAGGGCCUAGGGCAGGGGUCAGCAAACUAAGACCCUAUUUUUGUACAGCACAGGAGCUAAGAAUGUUAUUUACAUUUUUAGAUGAUUGAAAAAGAAUCAAAAGAAGACUGUUUGGUGACAAGUGAAAAGUAUAUGAAAUUCAAAUUUCAGCAUCCAUAAAUAAAGUUUUAUGGGGAUAUAGCCACACUCAUUGUCCAUGGCUGCUUUAACGCUAUUAUAACAGAGUUGAGUAGUUGUGACAGAGACCAUAUUGCCCCAAAGUGCAAAUAUUUACUGUCUGGCCUUUUACAAAAAAAGUUUGCUCACCCCUGGUCUCGGUUGUCAGCAGUGAGGUUUAUAAUAACCCUGGAUGUGGAAAAGGAAAAGUGGAUGAUGAGUGGAAGUAUGGGAGGAAAGAAGCAUUGACUGUGAUGGAGGAAAUGAAUACCUUUAGUAGCUGCAUCAGUACUAAUCCAAGUAAGUUAGUUGAAAACAGAUUCAAGAAGUAUUGGUCCGUCUUGAUUGGUUUUUAUAAAAUCUCAGAAUAUUACCAUUUAGCCAAAAGAUUGUCAUUACAUUCUCAAAGACAAAAUUAUUUUAAUAAAACUAAAAUAUUAUGCAGUGUUACAGGAGACUGUCAGUCAAAUCCAGCACGUUGUUCUCAUAAUUAGUAUGCAGUGGAUGGUCUGGUGAAGUGCUCCUUCUGUGGAUGUUAAGCUAUUUGUGAGUUUGCUAAGUACAUUCAUAUGCAUUGUUUAUGUCCUGGAUAGUGCCAAAAUAGUUAACUUGCUGACCUGCUAAUCUAAAGUUUGGAGGUUCGAGUCUAACUAGAGGCUCCUCGGAAGAAAGGCCUGGUGAUCUACUUCUGAAAAAUCACCAUUGAAAACCGUGCAGAGCACAGUUCUACUCUGACAUGCAUGGGGUCGCCAUGAGUCGGCAACUGGUUUACCGUUGGCAACUGGUCUGCCUUAAGAAUUGAGUUGGGUGAAGAGUUAAAAUUCCUUUGUAAGAAUGCAUUGUACUUACUGGAAGCUUGCCAUUAAAACUGGAUGCUGCAGCUUGUGAAUGGGGAAGGGUUUACAGGAACAUAGAUUGUUCACUCUCGACAUUGAUGCAUGAAUGCAAAUGGAGACACCAGUUGGCUUAAAUGAAGUAUAAAUGGCUCUAGGCAAACAAACGAGAUGUCUGUUGGAGGAGGCAGAAUCUCACUUCAGAUGCCAUUUAUUUUGAGCCAGAGUGUUUUAAUAUUUUGUGGUUAUUUAGAUAGCUCUUAAGUUGCUUCUUGUUUCUCAGUGUGUUUGGCAAAUAGACUUUUUAAAUUGUGCUUUAAGUGAAAGUUUACAGUUCAAGUCAGUUUCUUAUACAAAAAUUUAUACACAUAUUGCUGUGUGACCCUGGCUGCUCUCUCCAUAAUGUGACAGCACACUCCUCCUUUCUACCCUGGCUCCUUUCCCUUUUUGCCUUCUCAUCUUGCCUCCGGACAGGAGCUGCCCAUUUAGUCUUAUGUAUAUGGUUGAGCUAAGAAACUCUUCUUCUUCAGGAGUAUCAUUUUAUGUCUCAUAGUCCAAUCUAAUCUUUGGCAAAUAGACUAUUUUUAAUGGUCUUUGUACAUUGGAUUUUAAACCUGGUAUUUUAUUAGGACUGCUUAUGUAGCUGCAGUUAUUUCAUAGUUCUAUGAAUUACGCAUUUGAGAACCCUGUAAGUUUAUGGCCAUCAAAAGCAGAGUGCAGCUGUAUUCAUUAUUGAGCUAUUUUGUUUUGAAGGUAGAAAAAUAAAACCUAAUUUGAGCACAAAAACACAUAAGGUAAACAUGGCUACAUCAGUUUGGUCUCUCUUUAGAUAUGGAUACUACUACUAGCCGCCGUGGUUGCUUUGGAGGCAUAAUCUGAGAUGUAAGGAAGAAUAAUAAACUUCUUUAAUUUCUGAAUGGCUUAAUAGGGAAAAGAAUUAUGUGUAUUACUCAGGUCUUUCCUGAGUAUUUAGAUAGACCCAGGAAGACACAGUGAUAGAAACACUUGUUUUGAAAAGUUGAGAAUAAAAGAGAUUCAUGAAACCCAGUUUUGAGUAUUUUCCUAUUUGCAAUGAAGCUUUUGAGUCUCCUUCCUCUUAUGUUAAGAAUGCAAAGUGGGUUAAGUUUGGACCUCAUGUCUGAUUUUUUAUUUCUAAAGGAUUUGAAUGAUUUAAGUUACAUCAAACUUCUCAUGUGAUGAGAUCAUAUUGCAGCUAUAUUGAGCAGGCAGUCCUUGCAGAACAAAUUCUGUACAAUAUAAAACAGGAGUAUAAACGUAUGCAGAAGAGAAGACAUUUAGAAACUAGUUUCCAACAGACAGAUCCAUGUUGUACUUCUGAUGCACAGCCACAUGCAUUUCUCCUCAGCGGACCAGCUUCACCAGGGACUUCAUCUGCAACAUCCUCACCAUUAAAAAAAGAACAGCCUUUAUUCACUCUACGGCAGGUUGGGAUGAUCUGUGAACGUUUGUUGAAAGAACGUGAAGAGAAAGUUCGAGAAGAGUAUGAAGAAAUAUUGAACACAAAACUUGCAGAGCAAUAUGAUGCAUUUGUGAAGUUUACGCAUGAUCAAAUAAUGCGACGAUAUGGAGAACAGCCUGCUAGUUGUAAGUAUUUCAUUUUUGAAGCUUAUAAACUGAAAACAAGACAGUCUUUUAAAGGAAAGACAUUUAUUAUAAAUAUUUUCAUACCCAAAAAGAGAUUUUAACAGAAAAUCUUUGAGAAAAAUCACGUAGGAAAUAGGCAGCAGAAUUCACAAGGCUUACUUUUGGUUACUUAAAUACCUCGGGCAGUAUUGGGGAUGAGACUUUGAUACAUAUUUGAGUUUUGGCCUGGUCUUUGCACUAACUGUCUUUUUUCCCCCUUCAGAUGUUUCAUGAAUCACGCUUUCUGCAAUUGUGGGCUGCCUUGUUCCUUGUUGAGUUGUUGCAAGAGGUCCCAAUUAUGACAUGCAGCAAUGCCAGUACCCCUCUGUGAAUACAGGUUAUUUCAAGCUUUUGUCAGUGGCAACCACUCUUAGGUAGCAACUGGUUUUGGAAAUUUCCUUAUGUCAGUACCACCUGGAUGUGGAUCUUUGCUACCUGUAUUAAUACCAGUGGCGUCAUUUGCUAUAUCAUUACAAUUUGGCUUCUUAUAUUAAUGAUAUGUUUGAAAAGGAUUAAAGCUGGUAUUCUAGAACAUGCCUUUCACUGGUUGUGUAAAUAAAACUGUAGAAUGACACUUCAGACUGAAGUUAGUGUGAUUUUUAUUAUGCACUACAACGAAGCUGUAACCAGUUAUUAAUACUUUAGAAUGUAAUCCCAGGACAAUGUUACACAAAUAGCCUACAGUGUUUCCUG